CUCCUCGUCCUCCUCCUCCUGCUCCUCCUUCUCCCCCUCCUCUUUCUCCUCCGGGUCUGAGGGCGGCGGUCUCCGACUCAAGACCCUGGGGCUCCGGGUCUUCUCAGCAGCCGCCACAACAGCCGCGGCGACGUCACUGUCUUCGCGGCCUGGCACACAGCGCUCCGGCCGCCGAAUGCCCGUGGACGCGCAUCUCUUCCCAGAGUUCCUGCUUCCUGGGCCAGCCAAAGCCGCAGGGUGGAGGUAAAUGCAGCGUUAUGUGUUUGCCCCCUGAAUACACAUCCACUAAAAGACUAUGAUUGGACCUCAGCCAUCACAUCUGCUCUUGGGGUGUCACACCAGAGUUCUAGGUGGACCCAGAGUUGCAGAGACAAGGUCAGGGGAAGGAGCCGAGAAAGAGGUUAACAAGACCGCAGAUGCUGCAGAUGGGAUCCACACGAAGAUGUCCUUCCCACCAGCCAGGCCAUCGCUGGCUUUGUAAGAGAACGCCUCAGGGUCUUGCCUGCUGUGAGUGCCUUGAAGAGGGAGCAGCGGGCACAGCCAAAGAGACACCUGGCUCAAGGACUGAGAAGGAGUAUGGCUGCCCCUCCCAAAGCUCCCAUCCGUGUCAGGAAUUUAACCAUCAGAGCAGGAGUUCUCACUGGGAAGGAGAACAGCAUGAUGCAGUCCGAGACCCACAUCUUCACAACCUCCGAGGAGGGGAGCUCCCAAGGGGCUCUGCUGCUUGGCCAGGCCCCAGAAACUUUGUCUCUGCCCUGUACUCCAGUGACCUUGGAGCAGCAACUGGUUUCUCCUUCUGGGGAUCCCCCCAGGGCCCCUGCCCUGCCCAGCAUGUCCCCAAAGCCUCUGACCAGGCUUUGGUUUCUGCCCACUCAGAGUGGCAGCGGAAGCUGGAGGCUGCUGAGGCUCUGCUGACUCUGAGAAACUCUGCCCAGGCCCCUCCUGACUCCAUCUCCCUGCACCAGCCCUGCAACCCACCAGCUCCUGCUGGAGAUAAAGGAUUCCAGCCUCCCAGCCCCUCUCUCCGCCCCAGGCCAGCCAGCUCCAUCUCGCUGCCUAUUGGACAUCUGGGAUGCAUCUCCCUCUUGAGCUAGGAACCCAGAGGAGGAGGCCUCAAAAGAGCACUGCCUAUUUGGUAUCCAGUUUCUGAAUGUGCAAAAUGGUUAAUGUCCAAAACGCUUAACAUCUUUUUUUAGAGCCUUCAGGUGUUUUAUAAGCUUUUUAUUAUAUGGGGCGAUUCCUUUGCUGAGGGUGGAUAUUCUUGUACUUCUAUCCCUUACUCUUUUGGAGGCUGGGCCCUUUCUCUGUCUCACAAGGACAGGAUUGUGCAAUCUAAGUUGAUCAGUCUCUCAGUGGGGUUCUGUGUGAGUUCAUAUGCCCGAGUUUUUAUUCGUCUUGUGAUUGCUGACGUACCUGUGCACUUAUGUGUGUACCCAUGCAUGUGGAAACAUGAAGAUGUUUUCACUUUGUGUCUAGGUUUAUGUACGUGAACAAAUAAUAAACCCUUGUUGUUAUAAGGCA